AUGAUAUCAAAUGAGACUGAGAAUAUUCUCCUCUGUUUUCCGCUCCUGCGAGACUCGUGUCAUAGAGAUCAUCGUCUCACUGUAGUUAAAGUGGCAAUGUACACUGUCAUGUUGCUCAUGAUCCUCUCCACAGUUUUUGGGAAUCUGCUGAUCAUCAUCUCCAUCUCUCACUUCAAACAGCUUCAGUCUCCGACUCAUAUGAUCGUUCGGUCUCUGGCUGCCAGCGACUGUCUGCUGGGCUCUCUGGUCAUGCCCUACAGCAUGGUGCGAUCUGUCGAGGGCUGUUGGUUUCUGGGAGAUGUUGUUUGUAAAGUGCAUUCUAGUUUGGACAUGACCUUCUGUAUCUCUUCCUUAAUCCAUCUCAGUUUAAUAUCUAUUGACAGAUACUGGGCCAUCUGUGACCCUCUAAAAUACAAAAUGAGGAUUACAAACAACACUGUGACCAUAUUCAUCACCUUCACGUGGAUCUUUUCAUUUAUCUACAGCUUUUCUGUUGUGUUUUCAGGGGUAAAUGCAGUUGGUUUGGAAACGUUUAUCAUUCAAGUGUACUGUGUGGGAAGCUGUGUUCUGUUUUUUAACAAAGAGUGGGGUCUCAUUUGUUCACUUCUCACAUUCUUUCUUCCAGGCACUAUUAUGAGCUCUCUGUAUAUGAAAAUCUUCCAUGUGGCAAGUAAACAUGCUCGAGUUAUGUCAGAAAGAGUGACAGGGGGUUUGAAGAGUCAAAACUCUGUACAGAGAGAAAGAAAAGCUGCUAAAACUCUUGCUAUUGUGAUGGGGGUGUUUUAUCUCUGUUGGUUGCCUUAUUUUACCGGCACUGUUGUCGACCCGUAUCUCAAUUUUAUAACUCCAGCUGAUGUUUUUGAAGCUUUGAUUUGGUUUGCAUAUUUUAAUUCCACCUGUAACCCUUACAUCUAUGGUUUGUUCUAUCCCUGUUUUCAGAAAGCUUUUAAGAGUUUGUUUAUAAGUUUUAUUUGGGGCGUUUCGGAGAAUCGGGCAGCUCAAUCUUAG